UGGAAUUUCAAUUAUAUUUAAAUUCCAAAACAAAAAGAAAACAAAAUAUGACUGAUAUAGUUCCAGCUCCAGACCAACCUCCACCCGAAUCUCCAGCACAGCCCAUAGAUAAUGAGCGCUUAAGAGUUUUGAAAUUGUACCGCGCUAAAAUGCUGGAACACCGUGAAAUUGAGGCACGCCUGAAAGCACUGCGAUUCAGGCAUAAGAUGCUCAGUGUCGAAUAUGAAAAGUCCGAGGAAGAUAUGAAAGCACUGCAAAGUGUAGGUCAAAUGAUAGGUGAGGUACUCAAGCAAUUGGCACCAAAUAAUUUCAUUGUUAAAGCAUCGAGUGGUCCACGUUAUGUCGUCGGUUGUCGGCUGCAGAUCAACAAAUCACGCAUAAAACCUGGCACUAGAGUGGCCUUGGAUAUCACGACUUUGACCAUAAUGAAAUGUUUGCCCCGCGAAGUGGAUCCACUGGUCUACACGAUGAGUCAUGAGAAUCCUGGUAAUAUCAAUUAUGCGGAGAUUGGCGGACUUAGUGAACAGAUACGAGAACUGCGAGAGGUGAUCGAACUGCCUCUACUUAAUCCAGAACUUUUUGUACGUGUCGGCAUUAGCCCACCCAAGGGAUGUCUGCUCUACGGUCCACCUGGUACAGGAAAAACCCUUCUGGCCCGGGCGAUUGCCUCACAAUUAGAUGUCAACUUCCUCAAGAUUGUCUCCUCGGCCAUUGUGGAUAAGUAUAUUGGGGAAAGUGCCCGUCAGAUCCGUGAAAUGUUUGCCUAUGCCCGUGAUCACCAGCCAUGCAUCAUUUUCAUGGACGAGAUCGACGCGAUUGGCGGUCGUCGAUUCUCAGAGGGCACUUCAGCUGAUCGGGAGAUUCAGCGCACUCUCAUGGAGUUGCUCAAUCAAAUGGAUGGCUUCGAUGCUUUGGGUCAGGUCAAAAUAAUCAUGGCCACUAAUCGUCCAGAUACUCUGGACCCGGCUCUCCUUCGUCCGGGUCGCUUGGACCGCAAACUGGAAAUUCCUCUACCCAAUGAGAUGGCUCGCAUGGAUAUCCUCAAGAUUCAUGCUGCUCCAUUGGUCAAAAAAGGUGAAAUUGAUUACGAGGCGAUUGUCAAACUCUCAGACCAAUUCAAUGGAGCGGAUCUUCGCAACACAUGCACUGAGGCAGGACUCUUUGCCCUACGUUCCGAUCGCGACUAUGUCGUACAGGAGGACUUUAUGAAAGCGGUACGCAAAAUGGCAGACAAUAAGAAAUUGGAGACCAAAUUAGAUUAUAAACCAAUCUAAAAGAAUAUUGGAAUCGAGAACAUUUCUUAGGCCAAAUUAUUUAUUCACUAGCCGAUUUAAAUUGUUGCCCAUCAAGAAUGUAUUUUGGGGAAGAUUUAUUUUUUACUUCUCCAUUUCGUUUCUUUUGGGCCAAAAAGUCAAUAAAUUUACGAAGCUUUCGCUUAAAAA